UGAAAUAACGAACUUUAAUGAAAGCAAGUAUAUUUUGUUCAUGUUUUACCUCAAAUAUAAUCGACAAAAAACUAUCUUGUCACGAUGUUAUUUGGACGAGUUUAUAAAUCUCUAUUCAGACCACUGAUUCCUAAAGUAAAAUGAAGAAUCACAACUGCUUAAUUUAUUACCAAUAAAGUGAUCACAUUUCAUUAUUUACAGGAGAAAUGUAUAAAUUAAACAAAAAUCUUUUCUAAUUCAAUCGAGACGUUAUACUUAAUUAACUGACUAGACCUAUGGAAUGUUUUGAGUCAGUUGAAAAGAUGUUUGCCAUGGUAUCAAAAAUAAUUCCUUCAAGUGUACAUGGUUGUGAUGAUGAUAAGUGCUGACAUCUGGUUGUUCUCUUAGCUUCAUCACUCGCCAUGUAGUAUUUUCAUGAGAUGAGUUAAUGUACCAGUUAUGAUUAGAUGUGUAACGUGAAUAUGGCCAACAUUGUUGGAAACAAAACUCUGAUUUUCCGAUUACAAAGAUAAGGAAUGAUGUAAUGUCGGACGACUUACAGUAGUUUGGAGAACAGAUUUGUAUUGAGCUUGAACAGUCAUGGAAAGACUGAGAUGAGAUCACAUCGUCAUGAGUAACUUUUAGGACUAUAAAAUUUAUAAACCAGGACGUACAUCAAACGAUCAAAUAACACAUGUAACACUUCCACUAGCAUAUAACUUUGUUUGAAGUGUCUAUAAUUUUAACUUUGCUUAUGACUGCUGGAAAACGUAUGUUAACUGACAACCAAAAGAUAUAUCAUGUUCUGUAGUUCGCUCCCCAAUGCAAUAAAAGUAUAACUUAGCCAAGAAACGUUUUGCCAGGAGACAACUAGAAAUGAGUUAAAUGAAGUCAUUGUUUAACAGCGGAUGAUUUCCCCCGCGAAUAUCAACUGCUUGUCUUAUAAGAUUGUAUGAUUCCUGAGCCUUAUAAGGAAUAACAGCGUGUGCCUAAUGAACAUGUCUGUAGUUUAAUGUCUAAAACAAAUUACCAGUGAUAUAUCCAAUUGGUUAAUCAUCAAAAUAUAACCUAUCGUUGUGGUGACAGACAUUACAAAAAAAUGGGCUGAUAAAUGUCAGAAAAUCAGAGUCCGGAUUUUACUGAGUAUCACUAUCACCAUAGCGUGUGAUUUACAAACUAUCCUAGUAACGUUGUUGAUUUUAGUCAAUAUAAAUUAUUGUAAGUGUUAAUUUAUGAAUAUUUUAUUUCUUCAAAUAUGGUCUGGUCAUUAAUAAUGCACAGGUAUUUCGAAUAAAAGGAACCAACAAAAAUACAAUUUCAAGUGAUUCAAACUAUGAAAGACCUUGUUACCAUAAUUGUCAAGUUAUGUUAUCUAAAUGAUCGUAAUCUUACCUAGCUCUGUUGAUGCGUAUUGAGUAAAAUGAGAUUGCUAAACAGACAGUAUAUUUGUCAAUAAAUGCUCUUUAUUUGAAGGUUGUUGAACUUACCUGUGAAAAUAUUGGAUUAUCUACGGAUAUUAUUAAGACUAAAGCUAGUUAAAGUAUCACAAUGGAAAAGUAAAUGGCACUAGAAUAUAAACGAAUGUAUUCAAUAAAGGAAAUUUUGAGAGAAGUAAAAUACAUCAGUCUUUCCUGAUUAUGCACAAUGAAACUCCAUAUAGAAUAAUUAACGUUUUAAUUCGUUGGACGAAAAUGAAAAUUGGCGAUGAAUUUUCUGGUAAACAUCAACUAUUAAACGAAGUACAUUCAUGUUUCAAGCUAUCAUAAAAAGUUGAGAGUGGGUUUAUGUUUGAUGUUUAUAUCAGCAGUGAAGAAUAAAAACACCCACGAUUCUAUUUAAAUUUCCCAUUGGUUAAUCAUUGACACAAAUAUUUUUGACCUUGUAACGACAACUAUCUUGUAAAAUAUUAAAAUUGCAUAACUUGUAUAACUGAUAAAAUCAUAGGUACCUGAGAAAGGAAAUCAAUUUCAAUACAAUUCCUCAUUACUAUGAAGUUUAAUUUACAAAUUCCAUUUGUGAUGUUGAUUUUAAUCAAUAUAGAAUACGGUAGGUGUGGACUAGUUGAUAUUUCUUUUCAUCAAACAAAUCUCAACAUUUUACUUCAAUUUGUUUAUUUUGACUUGACUUAUACAUUGUCAUGUGUUAUUUGUAAUUCAUACAGUCAUCUAUUAAAAUUAAUCAUGUUUACAUACAGUAGUGAUCUAUGUUUUACCCGGUUUUAGUUUGGUUUGUCUAAUAACAAAAACAUUUCUGAAAAUUCGAUAAAUUCGUCAGUUAGAACUAAAUAAUUACUAAGAUGAUAUUUUCUAGUUUAUUUGUAAUAUUUUGACCAUUUUUGGACAUGAAACUUUAAUGUGGAUAAAAUGUCUUAGUAAAAAUACAUGAAAAAGUUAGUCACUCAACUAGAAAAUUACUUAGUCAAUUCACUUGGUGUUGUUUUACUUGUAUCUUCCCAUUGUUAUUUAGGACUGCAAUUGAUCAGUCUCUUGUUGGCAUAUACACAUCCUGUACGGAUUGUCUUGAUAUAGCCUCAAGUCAUAUGCUUUUUUGAGCAAAGAUGGAUAGUGGCUAGUAGUGGAAUCUAGGACAUACGUUUCGUUCUAUUUAGGACUCGUUAGCUGCAUGCAUCUGCAUCGUAGAGUUGAUGUUCACCCUGGGAUACAGGUAAAUCCAGCUGAUGAAACGCGUGUCCUAGAUUCCACUACUAGCCAGUAUCUAUAUUUAUCUAGUUAAUGUUUCAAGUACAAGAAUUUUUUGCUGUGGUCAUUUCAUAAAGUGAAACUAAGAGAGUUCAAGAUUCAAUUUCUCAUUAAAACAAUUCCAUGCAAAAAUUUGUAAGCCAUAUUCAUAAUCUUCUAGCAUUGGAUUUAACUUUGAAACAUACCUAACUAAGCUUUUUAUAGACUUUUAUAGUAACCUUAGGUUCUUUAAAAUAAAAAUAUAUUCAUCAAUGAGAAACAAACGAUAAUUUAUGAGAGAAUUUGAUUAUUAUAGGGAUACUGAAUUUCAAGGCGAAUAUUAUCAUGAUUUAAGUGUAGAUGGUAUUGUGUUUAAUUAAGGAUGUUUUGACAGAUGCAAAUCACCGGUAGAUGAGCUCUUUAUUAUUCCAGGUAUAUUUACAAUCGGUGUUAUUUUAGUGUCAUAGUAGAAAGCUACAGUAAAACAGUAUUGAUUGGACCUGUUCUCACUUUUCCCCAUAUUGGGUCUACAGGUUUGCAAAAUACUCAGAAGUUUCUUUUGUGGUGAUAAGAGCAGCUCUUUAUUGUCAAAGAAUACCAUAUAUUCAACGUUUAUCUUUUAAAUGCUUUCAUCAAAGUAUCCAAUGUAGCUUGUGAUUGAUUAAAAUUUCAAUAUGUGUAAAUCUUUUGGAUUGUUGCUAUUUAAAUAAUUAAUCAAUUGGAUCAAAAGUGGGAAGCUUUAUUGACAAAAGCUUACUUAAACUAAUGUGUGCUUUGUUUGGUUGAAAUUUUCAGCUCAUAAAGAGACAAAUCUAGGACCUAACUCACUUUUAAUAAAGCAGAGUGUAAUAUUGACUAUUGCCGGUGAACUAAAUGAUCAAGGGAACUAGUUGAAUGGAACAGGGUUAUAAUGAAGUGAAACAAUGCGGAUUUGUUUACUGACAGGUAGUGUUAUUUAAAAGCAUCAGUUAUUUCGUUUGUUCCAUAGUUAUAGUAUUUCUCCUAGAUAUUUUGAGAAAUCACUUAUGAGUGAAUAACAGCUCGUCUACAUCAAAGAAAUACGACUAAACCACAAAAUAUUUAAAAAGCCGUAACAUAAAGUCUUGCGAGAAAAGAAAGACUCUUCCGCUACCACAUCGUUGUAUUUGACAAUAAAACAUAUAACAUCAAUAUACUAAGUUAGUACACAGUUACUGAGAACAGGUGUGAGCAUGAUGUAUAUGUAUUGAAGAAGUUAAAUACCGGCUGUUUAUUCAGAUUACUGGUUAUAAAAAUAAGAAUAAUAUGCUAUAGUAAACUAUAUUCAUUGUAACUACAAUAGCAUAAUUAGACAAUUGAAAUCAGAGAUUUACAUCAUAUAAGAGAUUUGAAAUAUUAAUUACACUUCGUCUGAAAUUAUUAUUUUUUGCUGAAUCUUCGGUAUGAUAACUGGAGUGAGGAACAAAUAAACUAUUGAUGUAAAAUUUAACCAGAAUCGUCAUCAUCGCUGUUUCGGUACACUAUCGACUGAUUUAUUUGAAGUGACUAAUGAACAAACCUUGUUUCAUUCUAAUCAGUACGUGUAUCAACGAACUGUGAAAUGGAGAAAAAUGAUUUAUUAUUUAUGAUUAUAAUUAUUUCACUAUCUAGUUCUUUUGAUUCAAGUCUAAUUUCCAAGUCAUUCUAUAAGGUGAUAAAAUCAUUUCAUCAAUUACUUCUAUUAUGAAUGAUGAAUUGUAAUUAAUAAGUGUAAAACAUGUUUCUCUUCCUCUCUAACAAGUGAUAAACUUGUUCAUCAACACAUCUAGUUCUAUUUGUAGAUAUAACUCAAAUUUGUAGUUAACAGUGCAUGAACAAGUGAAAUCAAGUCUUUAAAGAUGAAUAUAAAACUAAAAGAAUUUUAUUAUGAAAAGUAAGCAAUAUAAAAACGAAUAUAAAUGAGUGAAUAAUCAAUUAAAGUUUUCUGGCAAACGUCAACGUUUAAAUUAGUAAUAAUCUUAGCUACAAAAUGAUAUCGGUAGUUGAUAGACAGUAUAUGUCAGCUGUACGCAUUGAUCACUUAUAUUUUUAUUGGUCAGUCAUUAAAAUAUACAUUUAGCACAUUUUGUAAAAUAGCAAAGUUAAAUAAUUACAGCAAUUGAUACAAUCUCAAACGUUCGGAGUUAGAAUUUAGAUUUCGUUACACUUCAAGAUGACUAUGAUGUAUCUUGCGCAAAUUAUAUUGGUGACAAUGUUGCUUCUGAUAAACACAGAAUACAGUCUAUCAUUGAAGUGUUACACAUGCAGUUUCUGUUCAAUACCAUUUGAUCAAAACUCACCACUAGUUGAUGAACAUUAUGGUUGUAAAUGGUGUGCAAAAAUUAGGAUAGAAGGUAUACCCUUUCCACAUAGACUCUGUGCAGCUGAUUGUGGAUUUAAUUACUGGAAAAGAAAUUUUACUUCCUUUAGUUAUGACUGUUGCCAAACAGACUUAUGUAAUAAAAGCAUACAGACUCGGGUAACACAUAAAUUUCUACUUAGUAUUGUCUUAAUUUUUAUUUGUUAUAUUGUUAAUAAGAAAAACUGAAACAAUAUAAAAAUUCACAUAUUACUACAUACACACUUUGUUGUUUACUUGCACUUUAACUUACCACUCAAAUGUAUUUCAUUUAACUUCAUGUUGUAAUAAUAAUCAUCUCUUUUUAAAAAAAAGUUAAUUUUGAUUUUCGAAUUUCCAAAUUUGUACUAUCAUAUGCAUAUCACACUUAGAUUGUAGAUGUUUAAUCAACUUACUUAAGUUAAA